UUCGAGACCCCAUGCCAGUUUCACGUUUGCUGCUUGCAUCCCAUGGGUUGGGAAUGAUGGGAGUUCUUUCCCGCCCCAAUCCAGACUCAACCACGCUGGGAUUUGCUCCACAGUCCCCCAGUUCCAGGUUCUGGAUUAUGUUCCAUGGCAGCGGUCCAAGCAGAAAGCCAAGCCAUCUACUCUGCCUCCGAUCCCACGAGCUGUCAACACUCAGAAAAGCAAAAUGAAGACCUGGACUACCGUCCAGCCAGGGUUGCAAUCCAAGCCCACCUUGUGGAUGACAAGUCAGCCGAGGAAUCCACUAGAACUGCGCAGAGGAAAGUUGGACUCGGGGAAGACACAGACGAAAAUCCGACUAGUGAGAACGAUGCUCAGGAACCGGCGAACCGCGCACCAGGAGCUCUGCAACCACGAGGACUUCCUCACCAAGCUCUGUGGGGAACUGAUCAAGACCAUCCAGAACACGGACGACAGCUCGGCCCUGAAAGUGCGGGUGAUGCUGCAGCAGGAGGACGUCUUCACGACCAUCGCUGACAUCUUGGAGUACUCAAACAAGAAGAAGCUGCACCAGAUGAAGUGUGAGCUUCAGGAAUGGGAGGAGAAGGAGGAAUCCAGGAUACAAAACCUGGAGCAGCAGGUGGAACAGCUGGAUGCCAAGAUCGAGAAGGUCCACAAGAAAGUGAGCUUCAUGAGCACUUACAUGGACCGUGAGUAUCCCAUCAAGUCGGUCCAGGUUGCCAACCUUGUGCGCCAGCUGCAGCAGGUGAAGGACAGCCAGCAGGAUGAGCUGGAUGACCUCAGUGAGAUGUGCAGAAUGGUCCUGGCAUCUAUGUCCAACCAGAUUCAGAAUAAGAAAAAAAACCUACUGAGGUCUCUGGUGGUGAAAAUCCAGCGUGCUCAUCAGGAGACGCUCCUGCAGAAGACUUGGAAUAGCCGGCUCAUACUGAAAUACAUGGACAAGUUCCGAGAACUCAUAGACCAUUUUGAGGAGGAAAUACCCGUAUUAAGGGCUGAGGUGGAGCAGCUCCAGUUUCAGAUCUGGGAACCCCGAGAGACUGUGUUUGCGGACGUUCUGCUUCGGAGAUCCAAUACUGUCAAGUUUAUGAUGUGCCUAUGGAGUGCCAGGCACUGUGAGUGCCAGUAACCCUUCGCUCUACCACCAUGGAGCCAAGGAGGGGACCAGACAUUCAUCGAUAACGAGCCACCGACAAAGGUCCCGCGGCAACUGACCCCAGAGCUGCUGAAGCAGAGGCAUAGACGUGGCGCUGGCAGAGCGUAGCCCGGACAGAGAGGAGUCUGGAGGGUCAAGAGAGGUUUCCCUGAGAAUGUGACAGUUUAAACCAAGGUCUGAAGGAUGAUGCAUAGAAGUUCACUGGGCAAAAGGGGCUGAAGGGGGAAACUGAAGGAAGAACAUUUCCAGGUGGUGGUGCUGGCGUCUUGGGGGUGUGGUGAGUAGGCACCGUCGUCCUUAUCUGAGCUCUGAACACAUUGAAAUAAGACUGAAAGGAGCAAGGCAGACACGGGCCAGACGCUCACUUUUAUUCUGAUGAAGCUGAUUUUAGAGAAGGUAGCAACAGCUUCUACCUCCAGAUAUCUUGGCUUCUGAAUAGUGAACCCAGAAUUAGGCAAGUCGAGCUCCUUGGUCAGCUGUGUUGGAGCAGAGGAGAGUGUCGUCCUUGCAGGCUGCUCGUGGCUGAGAGGGAACAGGGCACCCAUGCCCCAUCCUAUUCUCCAGACUCACUGUUCAGGUCGUUGUACCCCUUUCCAGGGGCAGAGUGAGUAAAGCGAGGCCAGGAGCAGUAUGCCUCUGCUGCCCCUCCACGGGCAGGGAGACACCGGGAAUGGGAAGACGCUUUCUCCUCCUAAAACGUGGGAGGGGCGCAUCCCUAGGCAGAGCUUCUCCAACCAGAACGUGCACAGGAAUCCCCUAGAGAUCUCGUUACAAAGCAGAUGCUGAACCGGUAGAUCUGGAGUGGGGCUAAGGAGUCAGCAUUUCUAAGAAGCUCCUGGGUGAGGCUGACGCUGCCAGUCCCUGGGUCACAAGCCGAGCAGUGAGGCUGUGGAGCAUGUGUGGUAGGAGGGAACUUGAUGUUUACCAGGGGCUGAAUGAGGCUGGAAUGCAGAGUGGUGGGGAGAGUAACGGGGAGGAAGCAGGACAGCUCAGCCCCUAGGAACCGCCACGCAGGGCCCGGUAGACUGAGGGAAGAGUUUGAUACUUGACCCUGAAAGCCAAGAAAUUGUAAGCUGAGUGGUGACAUCAGAUUUGCAUUCCAAGAAGAGUUACUUUGAAAAGAGGGUGGAGGAGAUAUUGGAGAGGGGCCAGAGGAGGUGCUGGGAGUCUGGUUGGCAAUCGUGUGUGUGUAGGGGGGGGUCGGGAGUGGCUUGGCCAGGGUGGGUGGCAGAAGAGAGAGGAGAGAUGGAUGGAGUGGAGAAGAAUUGAAGAAGGUAAACCCGUAGGCCUUGGUGAUAUUUGGAUGUGGGAAGUCAAGGACAGGGAGGUGUCAAGAAUGACCCCUGGGUUUCUGGCUUUUGUCACAGGGUGGGUAGUGGUACCAGAUCCAGAGAGAGGGAAGGCUGGGGCCGGGGGGUGAAGGAUGCUUACGCAGGUCAGUCUGCAGUUGACUGGGACACUGAGUUUAAUUUACAGAGACCUCAGCGUGGAGCUGUCAGCUAGGCAGUUGGGGGUACGAGUGUAGAUAUCAGAAGACAGAUACUGACUGGAGAUGGAAAUUUGGGCAUUGCCAGUACAGACAUGCAUUUUUUUUUUACUAUUAUUUUGAACAAUUUCAAAUAUACAGAAAAGUCCAGAGAGUAUUAUGAUGAAUACCCAGUUACCCAUCUAGAUUUAGAAAUAGUUAUAUUUUUGCCAUAUUGGCUUCAUCUUCAUUUCUUCCUUGUUCUUUCUUCUGAAAUGUUGUAAAUUGCAGACAUCCUGACAUUUCAUGUCUAAAUCCUUCAGCGUGCGUCAGUAUGUACCAUGAGAGUGGGUGAGAGAACUGGGAGGGAGAAUGUAAUCCUGGAGCCUUGGAAAUGUUCGUGCUGGUCACUGAGAUGGGAAGAUAGUGCAGAUGGGAACCCACUGCUCUUGCUACUGUUACGGAAAGAAUAAUGCCUGUCAUUUACUGAGCACUUAUUACAUGCUGGCCUGGUCUCAUUUAAUCUUCCCAUCAGUGACUGAAGGUGGACCCUCCCCCCUUGACAGAUGAGGAAACGAGGCUCGCCUGGGGUCUGUCACAUAGUGAGUGCUUGUUACAUAGGUGCCCAGUGAUGUCCAGAGGCUCAGAGGGGAGAAGCAGUAUGCUCAAGGUGACACAGAGUUAGGCUUCCAAACCAGUCAUCCUGACUGCAGAGAGAGCGCUCGUCCUGAGGGGCCCCAGCACUUCAGAGCUGAGCUCUUGUUUCCUCUUGGCCUCAGAGCUCUGUGGGGCAACAUGAGUCCUGCCAAACCAGUUCCUUUUCCAU